CGCAAAAGCCCCGUUUCUCCUGCCAUUGGGCCCUUCCAAUAAUUAACUUCUCCACUUCAACUUGCCUUCACCCUUCUCUGCCAUUUCCAUUUUCCAUAUCCUUUUUGUAUACCGCCGUCCGCCCUGACUGACACUUCUCGUUAAACCCCGUAAGAAUCCCUCGCCUUCAAUUUCUUCUGUAAUUGAUCAUCAGAGAGAGCAGAGGGAGCAGCGCAAGAUUGUGAAAAAAUGGGGCAUUGUUUGAACCAUAGCUGCGAGAGUGUAGUUUCUAAGCUGAUUUCUUCAUCAUCUUCAACCUACUACGCCUUUCCCCGUUCUUCCAAGUCCCGUUUUCUGAAAUCGGGUGCUUUUCCGUCGCGCAUCCGGUUCGGGGAGGAGAGAACGGGGAAGAAACCUUCGCGUUCGGGUUUUGGAUCUCGGCCAUGGGUUUUGCAAUCGGGUUACCGGGUGAGCCCUAUUCGGUCCGAGCAGGGUUUGGAUGCUUCGUGGAAUUGUUCUUAUGCGCAGAAGGCUGGGAAGAGGACGGAUAUAAAGAGGAUCUUGAUACUGGGUGCUGGUCCCAUAGUGAUAGGGCAAGCUUGCGAGUUUGAUUAUUCUGGGACUCAGGCAUGUAAGGCACUUAGGGAAGAAGGGUAUGAGGUGAUUUUGAUUAACUCUAAUCCUGCCACUAUCAUGACUGAUCCGGAUAUGGCCGAUAGGACUUACAUUGAGCCGAUGACCCCAGAGCUAGUUGAGCAGGUGCUAGAGAAAGAGAGACCGGAUGCCCUGCUGCCCACCAUGGGCGGGCAGACUGCUCUUAACCUCGCCGUGGCAUUGGCCGAGAGUGGGAUUCUUGAUAAGUAUGGUGUUGAGUUGAUCGGGGCGAAACUCGAUGCAAUCAAGAAAGCUGAGGACAGGGAUCUGUUCAAGCAGGCCAUGAAGAACAUUGGGCUAAAGACACCUCCUUCCGGGAUUGGGACCACCCUUGAAGAGUGUCUUGAGAUUGCUAAUUCUAUAGGGGAGUUUCCCUUGAUUAUCAGGCCAGCCUUUACAUUGGGUGGGACGGGAGGAGGGAUUGCUUACAACAAAGACGAGUUCGAAUCCAUAUGUAAAUUAGGGAUAGCUGCUAGCGUGACAUCCCAAGUCUUGGUUGAGAAAUCUUUGUUAGGGUGGAAGGAAUACGAGCUUGAAGUGAUGAGAGAUUUGGCAGAUAACGUGGUCAUCAUUUGUUCUAUUGAGAAUAUUGACCCGAUGGGUGUGCAUACGGGGGAUUCUAUCACUGUUGCCCCUGCUCAGACAUUGACAGAUAAAGAGUACCAACGUCUUCGGGAUUACUCAAUUGCUAUAAUCAGGGAGAUUGGGGUUGAAUGUGGGGGUUCGAAUGUACAAUUUGCAGUUAAUCCUGAGGAUGGAGAGGUAAUGGUGAUAGAGAUGAAUCCAAGGGUUUCGAGAUCUUCGGCUUUAGCCUCAAAAGCUACUGGUUUCCCAAUUGCCAAGAUGGCUGCAAAGCUCUCAGUUGGGUACUCAUUGGAUCAGAUCCCUAAUGAUAUCACAAAGAAGACUCCGGCAAGCUUUGAACCUUCCAUAGAUUAUGUUGUUACAAAGAUACCCAGGUUUGCUUUCGAGAAAUUUCCUGGAUCAGAACCAAUCCUGACAACUCAAAUGAAGUCUGUUGGUGAAUCCAUGGCUAUGGGCAGAACAUUUCAAGAAUCAUUUCAAAAAGCUCUCCGAUCUUUAGAAUGUGGUUAUUCUGGGUGGGGUUGUGCAACUGUUAAAGAGCUGGACUGGGAUUGGGACAUAUUAAAGUACAGUCUUCGAGUCCCUAAUCCCGACCGCAUUCAUGCCAUAUAUGCAGCCAUGAAAAGAGGAAUGAAGGUUAAUGACAUUCAUGAGGUCAGUUACAUUGACAAGUGGUUCCUUACACAACUUAAGGAGCUUGUAGAUAUUGAGCAAUACCUUUUGGUUCACAAUUUGUCAACCUUGACAAAGGAUGAUUGGUAUGAAGUGAAAAAGAGAGGGUUUAGUGACAAACAAAUAGCUUUUGCAUUGAAAUCCACUGAGAAAGAAGUCCGUUUGAAGCGUCUGUCGUAUGGCAUCAAACCGGCAUAUAAGAGGGUUGAUACAUGUGCUGCCGAAUUUGAGGCUGAUACUCCUUAUAUGUACUCGACUUAUGACUUUGAGUGUGAAUCAGGUCCCACAGAAAGGAAGAAAGUUCUGAUUUUGGGUGGUGGACCAAACCGGAUUGGACAGGGAAUUGAGUUUGAUUACUGCUGCUGCCAUACGUCUUUUGCCCUUCAGGAUGCUGGGUAUGAGACAAUAAUGAUGAAUUCAAACCCGGAGACAGUGAGUACAGAUUAUGACACGAGUGACCGUCUCUACUUUGAACCCCUCACAGUCGAAGAUGUCCUCAAUGUCAUUGACCUGGAAAGACCCGAUGGCAUCAUUGUCCAGUUUGGUGGUCAAACCCCAUUGAAACUUGCACUUCCCAUCGAGCGAUACUUGGAUGAAAACAAACUCAAGUCCAGAAGUGGUGGGGAUGAUGGCUAUGUCCGUAUCUGGGGCACCUCACCUGAUUCCAUAGAUGCUGCCGAGGACAGGGAAAGGUUUAACAUCAUCUUGAACGAACUACAGAUCGAGCAACCAAAAGGCGGGAUUGCCAAGAGCGAGGAAGAUGCUCUUUCCAUUGCGGCGGAUAUUGGGUAUCCGGUUGUCGUCCGGCCUUCUUAUGUCUUGGGCGGUCGUGCAAUGGAGAUUGUUUACAGUGACGACAAGCUUGUGAAGUACCUUGAAAAUGCUGUCGAGGUGGACCCCGAUCGCCCGGUUCUGAUUGACAAGUACUUAUCCGAUGCUAUAGAGAUUGAUGUUGACGCACUAGCUGACUCACACGGUGACGUGGUGAUUGGUGGGAUCAUGGAGCAUAUAGAGCAGGCCGGGAUCCACUCCGGCGACUCCGCUUGCAUGCUUCCCACUCAAACCGUUUCGUCGUCGUGCCUCGAGACGAUCCGGUCGUGGACCACGAAACUAGCUAAGCGGUUGAAAGUGGUUGGGCUCAUGAACUGCCAGUACGCCAUCACGGCUUCGGGCGACGUUUUCUUGCUCGAGGCCAACCCGCGGGCGUCGCGGACCGUUCCCUUCGUGUCCAAGUCGAUCGGUCACCCGUUGGCCAAGUACGCGUCUCUUGUCAUGUCCGGGAGAUCCCUCCGCGACAUAAACUUCACCGAUGAGGUCAUCCCGGGGCACGUGUCGGUCAAGGAGGCGGUCCUCCCGUUCGAGAAGUUCCAAGGGUGUGACGUGCUGCUGGGCCCCGAGAUGCGGAGCACGGGUGAGGUCAUGGGCAUACACGCCGAGCCAUCAAUUGCUUUCGCUAAAGCACAGAUCGCCGCCGGGCAGAGGUUGCCGCUAGAGGGGACACUGUUCCUCAGCAUGAACGACCUGACGAAGCCACACCUCGUCACCAUAGCCCGUGCUUUUCUCGGGGUCGGGUUUCGGUUGGUGGCGACUUCCGGGACCGCGCACGUGCUGGAGAUGGAAGGGGUCCCAGUUGAGAGAGUGCUGAAGAUGCACGAGGGCAGGCCCCACGCGGGUGACCUGAUCGCCAACGGGCAGAUUCAGCUGACCGUGAUCACCAGCUCUGGAGACACGCUGGACCAGAUUGACGGGCGGAGACUGAGGCGGAUGGCCCUCGGGUACAAGAUUCCGGUGAUCACCACGGUUGCCGGAGCACUGGCAUCUGCACAGGCAAUUAAGAGCUUGAAAUCCAAUGCCAUUCAGAUGUCUGCUCUUCAGGACUACUUCCACGUUCCAAAGGAAGCAGAGAAUAGGGAGAAACUUCCCUCCUUGAUCGAUUAAUUAGACUCUUGUUAUUUAUUAAAGGUCUGAUAAGAUAUUUUUGAUACAUUGAAUGAAAAAUGAAUGAAUGUAGACAUACACUAUGUCUACAUUCAUUUAUUUUCCAAUGUAUCAAAAAUGUCUAAUGAGACCGUUAAUAUGGAAUGGCGGGAGUAAUUAAAGUCAAAUUCCUCUUCUUUAUUGGUUUGCUACUGAUUACUGCAGUCUUCCCUUUUGCCUAAAUUUUUAUCUUAUAUGUGUGUACAUUAAUAGUUCAUUACCUUUGAUCAAUAAUAAAGUGUCCCUUUG